AGCAAAGAGCAAAAAGUAUGGAAGUGAACGAACCAAGAGCAAAGAGCAUGAGCAAAAAGUACGAAAAUGCAGGACCUCAUCAGCAUCUGCACUCAUGGACACGAAGCAGCUCAACAAAAUGAGAUUGCGGCGAAACAAGGGAUGACUGGAACCUGGACUACGAACCACUGUAACCAAGUAUGCUGCUAUGGGUAAAAACCGUUAAAAGUGUUCUCCUCUUCCUAUCCCUGUUCCUGAUAUGUCAACAAAAGGACAUUUCCCUGGGAAUUCUCGUCCCCUGGACUGGUGCAUCUUGGGAUGAGGGCCCCAGGGCGAUUGCAGCUGCCUAUCUAGCAAUAAACGAGAUUAACGAAAACUCGGCCCUUCUCCCUGGCUACAAACUAGUACCACAGUGGCGUGAUGACGCGUGCAGUGUCCCUGAUUCUCUGGCCAAUGUUACCGACUUGUGGUCUAAGAAUGUAGACGCGUUUAUCGGUCCUGCCUGCUCAGUGUCCUGUGAACAGACAGGUCACCUGGCAGCCCACUGGAACCUCCCCAUGAUCUCCUGGGCCUGUGCUAGUCCUGCUCUAUCAGAUAAGAAGACAUACCCCACAUUUGUCAGGACUGCUGGACCUUAUAAAACUCUUGGCAAACCUUUCACAGAACUGAUGAAGCAUUACAAGUGGUAUAGGUGCGCUAUCAUCUCCGCUAACCAGAACCUUUUCGCUCAGUCAGCCAGACAUAUUCAGAAAGUUCUCGAAAAGGAGAAAGUGUCCGAUAACCCGGAGGACUGUAAACCCGGAAGUGACGAUUGCCAGAUCAGUGUGGUGCUGUACAAACAGUUCUACUCCGGCAAGAACCCCGGUGCUAACCAAACACUAGCUAUUGAGAGGAACGAGCUGAUGAAGGAGAUUAAGGAGAAGGCCCGGAUAAUCUUCAUUUUGGGGUACACUGAUGAUGUGCGAGACUUUCUCCUCAGAGCUGAAGCUGAGGAUAUGCUCAAUGGAUACGUUUGGGUUGGGGUCGACAUUUUGGGACACAAAGCUUCUGGCUGGAUGGGCGGAGACGGCGCACAAGACGAGCGAGCUAAGCGGGCUUUUCAAGGUUUUAUGUCGUACACCGUGAGGGUACCGAACACCCCGAUAUACAGGAAAUUUGAAGCAGACCUUAUCAGCUAUACCAAAGAACAUUUCAACAUUACCCCUAGUUAUGUAAGUACGUACGCUCAGAAUCUGUACGAUGCGGUGUACCUGUACGCUCUCUCCCUAAAGAGGCUGUUUGAGAAUGAACCCGGAACCACGGACGUGAGACAGGGAAAGAAGCUGGCACAACUCAUGAUGAACUAUACUUUCGAUGCUCUGGGCAGGAAAGUGUUGAUAAACAGUGAGGGAGACAGGGAGAGUGAUUACGAGAUUACAUCUUAUCAAGGUGACUCGUUCGAGGGUAUAGGAUCCUACAUCUCAGUGUUCAACAACAUGACCCUGAAGACGGAGGGGUGGGAGUUCCCCGGGAACAGGUCUCUUGAUGACACUCCUACUACAUGUGGAGAUGAUGGUUUUAUCUGUAUCGACCCUGAACAUAAUUCGCCUGAUAAAUACGUGAUAGCAAUAGUGGCGGUUCUGUUGGUUAUCGUCAUUAUUUGUGUCGCUAUUUUCAUUUGGAGACGACACGAACAAGCUGAGCGAGAUAAGAAACUGUGGAUCAUACCUAAAGAUGACCUGCAGAUGGUCGGCUCUAAGUUCAGAUCCUCUCUUAGUCUCAACGGAGAUGAGACAUCAAACAAGUCAGCUAUCUCACUUGUAUCUAAUAUGGACCAAGUCAAGAGCAAUGGAGAUAAGGCUAUCUACAAGGGUCAACUAGUCAGUGUAUCACGGUUAGCUAAGAACUCAGUAGCAAUAUCUCCAACUAUCAUCAAGGAGUUUAAGACAGUGAGGGAGUUGUCUCAUGAGAAUGUGAACCCUAUCUUGGGGGCAUGUCCGGAACCUGGUAGUAUCAUGAUUGUCAGCGGGGUGAUGGGGAAGGGAACACUGCAAGAUAUUUUGAGUGACGAGAAGAUUACUCUUGAUGACAUGUUUAAAUCUUCCAUGAUUGGUGACGCUGCCAAGGCACUAGAGUAUAUCCACAAGUCAGUGCUACAAUACCACGGUAACCUGAGUAGCAACUCUCUGGGAGUGGACUCACAUUGGGUGCUGAAGAUAUCAGACUAUGGGUUAAGGGACUUCAGGGCAGGUUGCAUGGACACAGACGAAACUGAGGACCACAAAUAUACCAGUAAACUGUGGAGAGCUCCAGAGUUCAUUCUCUCGGAGAAUGACUUCAAGGGCUCCCAGAAGGGAGACAUCUACUCUUUUGCAAUAAUCAUCAACGAGAUCCUCACCAGACAGUACCCCUUCGAAACCUACAGUGGUUCACCAAAAGAGAUAGUAGAGAGGAUAUCAACGUGCGAGGAACCUCCGUGUAGACCAGAGCUGGAGGAGAAUAAUAACGAACAGCUAACUAGUCUACAAAAGUUGGUCCGAGAGAUGUGGUCUAACAACGACCUUGCCAGACCAGAUAUCGGAGUGAUCAGACGACGACUCAAACACAUCUACCCUGAAAAAUCACGGAGUAUAACAGAGAGAGUGAUAAUGAUGAUGGAAAAGUACGCAGCUAACCUGGAGAUCAAGGUAGACGAGAGAACUGCUGAGCUUCAGAUCGAGAAACACAAAGCAGACCAGUUACUCUACCGUAUGUUACCCAGGGCUGUUGCGGAGAAGAUGAAACAAGGGCAGAGUAUACGGGCGGAGUUGUUUGAUACAGUGACCGUGUAUUUCAGUGACGUGGUAUCCUUUACCAACCUCUGUUCCCAGAGCACUCCCAUGGAGGUGGUAGCGUUUCUGGACGACAUGUACACUAUGUUUGACUCCAUCAUAGAAUCAUACGACGUGUACAAAGUGGAAACUAUUGGUGAUGCUUACAUGCUGGUAUCCGGACUUCCUGAUAGAAAUGGUGACUCCCACGUGAUAGAGAUAACAGAGACAGCUCUUGCUCUAAUCGAGGGAACCAGGAACUUUAAAGUCAGACACAAACCCGGCUAUCAAAUGCAGAUACGAGUCGGUAUACACUCAGGACCAUGUUGUGCUGGGGUAGUGGGCAAACUUAUGCCCAGAUACUGUCUCUUCGGAGACACCAUCAACACUGCAUCUAGAAUGGAGAGCAACGGAAUGCCGAUGAGAGUUCACAUGUCCCAGUGUACAUACGAACUGUUAGAACAAUACGAUUGUUACAACUGCUCUGAACGAGGUGGUACUAUCGAAGUGAAGGGUAAAGGAGCAAUGAAAACGUACUUCUGUGAUGGAAUUGACGACACCAAAUUUCGUCCAAAACUAGUCAAAAGCACUGUUCCUGCACUAACUCCAGCUUCAGAUGCCUCCAAAAGAGGGAGUCAAGUUCGGCCACCUCCUAAAGGGUACCGCCCUCUACCCAGAGCAUCUCCCAACGGCUCAAUUACGCGGUCACCUGGCGCCAACAAACGCGCCAACAAAUCGUGCGAGCCACUCUUACGAGAACUCAACAAUCUGGAAGAUUCUGCAGUUUGACAAUGGCAGUGUCGUGUUAGUUGUUGUGAUUACGUCAUCAAUCUAUUAUGGGGUUAUGUUGGGUUAUGGAGAGAUUUGUAAAGAUGAGGGUGACUGGGUAUGUCAAUGGCGAAGUCGAUCAUUUGCAUUUUAUCAGAACUAGAAGACUGUUCAAAUUCAAGAAAAAAUUAUAUCUCAUAUCUUUGCAAAAGUGAAAAGUGUCAAGAAUGAUGAUGGAUUUGUCGGUAAUGGUCAAUUGGUCGGAUAAUGUCAGUUUAACUUGCCGUGGCUUGUUCGGAAAUCGGUCGUGCAUUAGUUUCCACCAGCGCUUGGUAACAAGUUAAAGCUUACUUUGGAGCGAGGAAGUCAACAACAUAUGUAUUAUGUAAUGGACGUUGUGUUCCUAUAUUUACAGAAUACGUCGGUAGAAUUUCGCUCUGAGUUUUCAAUUUUGUUACAAUUUUCUACGUUUGUUUUUUAACAUUGGUAUCCUUGUCUUGUAAAUAUUAGAGUUUAUGAUUUUAGAGUUGACAUGUAUCUGUAUAACCAGGGCGUUGGAUUGAAAAUUGAAAUAUUCAAUAUCAAAUAUUGAAUAUUUAACCCACUUACUGCUUAUAAUUAUAUUAUAGUCUAAUAUUGUAUUCCGAUACUAGACACAAAAUGGUUUGUGCUUUUAUUGCUGAACAAGAUAAACCCAAUUAAAUGCAGCUCAAAAUGUCCUUCCUUUUUCGAUUUAGUGAGUACAGUUUGUAGGCACGCUCUUGUCCUUGGAAAAUAUUGAAUGUGUGAUAUUCAAUUAAAUUAAACUUAUUUCUUUUUGGAAUGACGGUGUAAAUAAUAUUUGACAAAUCAUCACACUAUUUAUUAUUGACAAUGUUGUCUUCAAAAAGUGUCGGUUUCACUUGUUUGACUUUAUAAUUAUUAUUGAUUAUCAUUAUC